AUGUUUGAUCAGAACCAUCACGAACCUCUCUUUCCGUUAUCUCGAUCUGGCAGUUUGCCUGCGACUGCGGUAUCGACACCGAUAACAUCCGUCUCAUCUCUGGUUGUCGAUACCGAUGACAAGCUCCAAGAUCUCAACCGCUAUAUUGCACUAGGUUGCCUUCACCUUGACGGCUCUUUUGAUAUUGAUUCUGAGUCAGCUUCUGAGGCUGACUGGCGCGAAUUGGUGCACUCAGGUCUGCCCGAUGAAGUCAAGCUGGUCAUUGGCAAUGAAGCUACGAUACUGCUCGACGCACGCUGGAUUAGGUUAUUCCUUCAUCGACUCAAAUCUACUGAUGCAAGUGCACGCAGUCUUGUCCGCAUAUACUUAUUACCAGAGGACUGGGCUCGGCGCUCUGUUGACCGCAACGACAGGAAACUAAAAUCAACAUUACGACAACUUUUCCAGCAGGUUGACAUCUCACCAGAAGCUUGGGCUGGCGACCACUCAGAUGCUCACGCUCGCCCCUUCGAUCAAUGGGCGUGUGCGGCUAACUCAUCAUUGUACUACUUGUUCAAUAAAUUGCCCUCGCCCGCCCCGAAUCCUGACAAGAUAAAGAGCCGCUACACACGAAAGGCGGUGCAGGAUUUGCUCGAGUCAUCAGCUCCAUCGAGUUGGGACGAAUUCGGUGAACAGCCUCUCGAAGGACUGAAAACCAAGCUCUACCCAUAUCAAGCACGUUCCGCGAGUCUGAUGAUACAACGAGAAGCCGCGCCGCAGCUACAGCUGGAUCCGAGUCUGGAAGUCCGAAAAGCACCGGAUGGAAAAACGUUCUUCUAUGGUGCCCGAGACGGGUCUUUCUUACAGGAGCCUCGAUUCUACGAGACAAAUCGCGGUGGUAUAUUGGCUGAAACUAUGGGCCUAGGAAAGACGAUCAUCUGUUUGGCGGUCAUUUUGGCGACGAAAGGUAACUAUCCUCUGAUUCCCGCUGCAUACGAACCUCGUCCGCCGAUUCGCGAUCGUGUUGGUAUGUUGUCGGACAUGGCAGCUUCUGUAAUCGGACGACGCGGCAUUCCUGGAAAGUCAAUCUUGGAACAAUACGAGGUGCACAAGGGAGACGACUUAUCAAAGAUCAAGAACGCGCUUGUUCGAAAUCUCGCUUUCUACGAGAUUCCACCGGAAGUCUUGCGACUGAACAGAACUACGAGAAUCCCUCCCGCCCGCCAGUUCGUACCGUGCUCGGGUACGAUUGUGGUGGUGCCUCGGAAUUUGCUUCAUCAAUGGCAGUCAGAGAUACGGAAGCACACGCUCAAAGGUAGCCUCAGGGUGUUGGUAGUCGAUGCGGUAACGAAACGCGGUAGUAAGGCGAAGACGGCUCCAGUUGACAACGAUCAAAUGGAGUUCAGAAGCGACCUGCCAAUACCGACCAAACUCAUGCAGUACGAUGUCGUGCUAUUCACUCGUAAUCGUUUUGAGCAAGAAUUCCCUGGUGGUGCGGAUGUUCAUGGUCGACGGGCGACUACAGAUGACACUCGUGUUUGUGACUGUCCGUACAUCGGAUCAACGCGCAUACUUGAUUGUAAUUGCAUGAGUAGCAAUCAAGAAUAUGACUCUCCGUUGAUGAAGUUACAUUGGCUUCGCAUCGUAAUCGAUGAAGGUCACAGUUUCUCUUCCUCUGUCUCAAACGCUGUGCUCUUCGCCAAGCAGAUCCAAGCAGAGAGGCGUUGGGUCGUCUCAGGCACACCUGCAAAGAAUUUAGUAGGCGUAGAGAUUGACAUGUCUACUGUGGACGCUGACGAGACGGACCCCGCCGCAUCUCGGGAACUCACUAUCCAGCAGAGGAAGGCCUUCAGACCUGACGACGAAAACACCAAAGCUGCGAAAGCCUUGGGGAUUUUAGCUUCAAACUUCCUCAUGAUGCGGCCGUGGUGUGAUCCCACUAGCGAACAUGGCCUUGAUUGGGAUGAACACAUCUACAGACACGAGCACCAGUAUCGCAGAACUUAUUCUGGAUUCUCAUCAUGCUUUUCGCGGGUUCUAGAAAGUCUAGUCGUCAAGACAAGACCAGAAGAUGUGGAAAAAGAUGUGAUACUGCCACCGAUGAAACAUCGUGUGGUUUAUCUUAAACCGUGCUGGUUCGACAAGAUGACAGCGAACCUGUUCAUCCAAGUUCUGCGAGCGAACGCGAUCACCAGUGAACGGAGUGAUGUUGACUAUCUCUUCCACAAGAAUAGUAUCAAAGCUCGACACAGUCUCAUACGAAAUCUCCGUCAGUCGAAUUUCACGUGGACAGGGUUCAGCCUGGCGGACGUAGCGAGUAGCUUGCAAACCAGCAGCGAAUAUCUGGCCAAGGAAGACAAGAACUGUUCUCUUGAAGAUGCCAAAUUCAUACUGGAAAGCAGUCAGAGUAUCUCCCGAUUGCUAGCGUCCCAGGGGUGGAUUGCAUUGAGUAAAGCUCAUGAAGUAGGAAUGGCUGUUGCAGAAUGGCCGAGUGAGUCAGAAGAGGCAUUCGCUCUCGCGCAUCCUGAAAACCCUACCAUGAUUGGCAUCACGCAACUGCUUGAAGGUCAGCUUCACGUCGACAGUCAGGUUCUGUCUGAUGACCCAUCCAAGGGUUUACAAACGAUAGGGUUAGCGGCCAAAGCAAGAGUGAUUGCUUUGGCAGAGGCAGAGUUCAGAACAAAAAGCAACAAUGGCACAUCUAUCCACGACUCCCCAUUGAAGAAAGCCAGCGUCCCUACCUCAUGCGUCGAAAGUCAACAGCCUCUGACAAGUCGUCGGGCAUCAGCAAUAACUACCAAGAUGUCGCCUCUGAAAUCGACCAGAAAGGAGCUUUCGAACGCUGUUGAAGACUCGAAAACACCUACAUCGCCUGUCCGACCGCGAAAGCGCAAACUGACUCUAGCUGACGAGAUCGCGGAUCUGCCUCAAGACUCACCACUACGCAGAACGUGCGUCCUUGGCACUACUUCUGCAAAGCUCACCUAUGUCCUGGACAAAGUAGUCCAGCACCAAAUGAACGAAAAGAUCAUCAUCUUCUACGACGGUGACAACGCAGCAUUUUACAUUGCCCAGGCGCUCGAAAUGCUCUACAUCAACCACCGUAUCUACGCCCGCACGUUAGAUAACACUAAGAGGUCAGAGUACGUCGCGCUGUUUAACGAAGACCCUGAUGUUCGCGUGCUCUUGAUCGAUGUCGCAUGUGGUGCUCUGGGCCUCAAUCUCAAUGCAGCAAGCGUAGUUCUCAUUAUCAACCCGAUCAAUCGUCCUGGAUUGGAGGCCCAAGCUAUCAAGCGAGCUCACCGUAUCGGACAGACCAAAGAAGUUCUUGUCGAGACUUUGGUCUUGGAGGAUACGAUUGAACAUGCAAUUUUCAACCGCGCGAAGAACAUGAGUCGUGCUCAGCAUCUUGAGGCGAAAGAACUGGAAGAUGAUGCGGGUAUCGUCGAGAUUAUCCAGAACGCGCAAGUCUUACCUGUGCAGCCGGAAGAAGAGCUGGGUAUUGGUAUGUUUGCGGUUUUGAAAACGCCUCAGCAGGUUUUUGGGAGGCCAAAUCGACACAAAUACCACCGCUAUGGCUUUACGGACGCAAAAACAGACAAACCGAAGAAGAAGGCGAAGGUCUCCAAGGGCUUGGAAUUGGUCAAGAAGACUAGCGAUCGCGAUCCGAGCGUUAUGAGCACUCUCGAGGAUAAGAGUCUGCCCUUGACAACUCUCGUGCCUGAAGUUCAAUCUCCAGACGAUGUGCAAGUGACUCUGCACGGCUCACGGGCGGAGUUUGCAGGUGCACAUGGUUUGGUUUCGAGUAUUUUUGGCGAUUGA